AUGGAGCCUACCCAGACAAAUUUCUGCCACCCGUACCAACCUUAUCCCAUCCAAUUAGGUUUUAUGAAAGAGCUCUAUCGCUGUAUAGAGGAGAAGAAAGUGGGUAUCUUUGAGUCCCCUACAGGGACUGGCAAGUCGCUGAGCUUAAUCUGUGGUGCGUUGACCUGGCUCCGAGAGCACGAACACCUGGAGCUGCAAGGUCUGACAGAUGGGCAUGAAUCGCUUGAUUGGCUUUUGGAAGCCGAAAAAUCUGCACAACGCCGUGAGCUCCUCCUUGAACGCGAAGAACUGGAGCUGAGGCUUGCCAAGAUCCGCGCUGUAGAGGCAUUACGCCGCCAGAAGCGACACGAGCUCAAAACUUCCAAGAAAUCUCGAACUCAGAUUGCAAACAAUGAGGACAACGUUGCGGCCGAGGAAGAGUUCAUGCUGGAGGACUACGACAGUGAUAGGGAUGAAAAGAAUCCUGCCAAUCACUCAACGGUCAGCCUAUCCAGCUCAACCCAAGCUCUGCUCGAUAUGCUACAGGGCCCGACGAAAACCGACGCUGAACAAGAAAAAGAUCGGCUCAAGAUCAUCUUUUGCUCACGGACUCACUCUCAGCUUACACAGUUCGUGAAUGAGCUGCGCCGUGUCAAACCCCCUUCCUCAAUUCCCCUGGAGGCCGCGGAUGUAACGCAUAAAACUUCGCUUGAAGAAGGGGUAAAGCAUCUUGCUCUAGGCUCACGAAAGAACUUGUGCAUCAAUCCUAAAGUUGCUGGUUUAUGGUCUAAUUCCGCAAUCAAUGAACAAUGCCUCGAACUCCAGAAGCCUACCACUCCCAAAGACAAGAGGUGUCCCUAUAUCCCCACAAAGGACGACAAAUCAAAGGUCGAGGACUUUCGAGACAGAGUUGUUGCAGAGAUACGUGACAUCGAGGAUACGAGCCAUCUAGGCAGAGAUAUGAAGCUUUGUCCCUACUAUGCUUCGCGAGCGGCGAUAGGCAUGAGUGAGGUGCUCACGUUACCCUACCCUCUCCUCCUACAGAAGUCCGCUCGUGAAGCUUUGGGGGUAUCCGUCAAAGAUAAUGUUGUGAUAAUUGACGAGGCACAUAAUCUUAUGGAUGCCAUUGCAGACACUUUCUCCGUCUCACUACGUCUCAGUCAGCUUGAACAAGGGUCUGGACAAGUUAUCUCCUACGCAAGUCGAUUCAAGAAUCGUUUGAAAGGGAAGAACCGUGUGUAUAUUAUGCAAGUGAUACGGUUACUAAACUCGAUGACCGACUGUCUGCGUGAGACACUGCGAAAGCCGACAUCCGCCCCAGCAACUAUAACAGCUGCGCAACUCAUGUCGGGAAAGGGAGUCGAUCAGAUCAAGCCCCACAAACUCCUGCAAUACCUGCACGAGAGCAAGCUUUGCCACAAAGUUGAGGGAUACUCUGAGGCGCAACCAGAUCGCCUUAAUUCGAAUCAUAGCAAAGGUGCUUUGCUGCAGUUUCAAAACUUUCUUGUAGUAUUGAUGAAUCCGGACGAUGAAGGGCGAUUCUUCACGAGUCGACAGGAUGACGAGGUCGUUGUCCACUACACAUUGCUUGAUCCAAGAGAGCACUUUCGCCAAAUAGUCCAAGAUGCUAGAGCUGUCAUUCUGGCCGGAGGAACCAUGUCUCCCAUGUCUGACUAUUCGGAGUAUCUCUUCUCAUAUCUUGACAAAAGCAGGCUUCGAACUUUCAGUUUCGGUCAUAUUAUCCCUCCUUCUCAUUUAUUCGCCCAAGCUGUUGUGAAGGGACCGUCUGGUACGGAGUUCGAUUUCAGGUAUGAAAUGCGUGGCUCUGAAAAAAUGAUUCUUGAAUUGGGAGAUCUUGUUGUACGCAUAUGCAGGAUCGUGCCAGACGGGGUUGUGGUAUUCUUUCCCAGCUACGACUACCUUGCACGAGUGGUGUCCGUUUGGCAGCGUCUGCCUGCUUCCCAGCCGGUAAUGCAUUCGUUGCAGAGAGUCAAGACGAUCUUCCAAGAGUCAAAGUCGGUUGCUAUCGAUGAACUUCUACAGGAGUAUGCCACUGCGGUGGACAGCGGAAGAGGAGGCCUGAUGUUAUCAGUUGUAGGCGGAAAGCUUUCAGAAGGCAUCAACUUCUCCGACAAACUCGGUCGAGCAGUACUCGCGGUUGGGCUUCCAUUUCCCAACGCCAAUGGAGCGGAGUGGAAGGCUAAGAUGGAACAUAUUGAGGGAAUUCGAUACGAGCACUGCAAAAGCCAGGGAAAGAGCGAAGCAGAAUGCAGAGCUGAGGCAAAGACUGCAAGCAGGGAAUACUACGAAAAUGCAUGCAUGAGAGCUGUGAACCAAAGCAUUGGAAGGGUCAUCAGGCACAGAAACGACUAUGCUGCGAUCUUGAUGGUCGACAAGCGGUUCUCAACGGAGAGGAUAUCUCGCAAGCUACCUGGAUGGAUACAAGGAAGCAUGAAUGACGGUCUGCGCGACUGGGCAACCGUGGAACAGGGCAUCGAGGUCUUUUUCCGUGGGAAGCAAUGA